UAUGGACUGAAAUAAAUGCUUAUAAAUUGAAACACUGUUUAAAUCAACACAUUAAAAUUAUUAAUUAUAACAGAUUUGGUGACAGAUUAUUUUAACUGUCAAAAAUACCUAAUCAGUCCUCCUCAGUCCUUCUCAAAAAAUGUUUAUAUGUAUACUUUUUCAGUUUUGAUACAUUUAAAUUGACACGUUGGCCUUUAAAAUCCUGCAUCAGUCAGGUCAGGCUUUUAUUGAUGCUUGCUUGAGCCCUUAGCCAAACAUCAAUUGCAAAUUCAUAAUUAAUACUUCAUAUGAAAAGAGGCAUGUCAAAUUUUGCAUCUGUCUGUAUGUUGAACUCUAUGUCAGUGUUUGAUCCUAGAUAAAAUGCAAAUGCUAGCAUGUCUGGAAAACUAACUUCGUCGGAACAACAGCCUAUCUUGAUUUCCAAGGAAAAGCACUGGGACAUGGUUGACUAGUUAUUAGUAUUUUGUUUGGUCUGUUCAGGCGUGAAACAUCCACUGUGCCAUCUAGCGGUGUUUAGAACUGAGCUGGUCCUACUGCUACUGUAGUACCAGCAACUUCAACUGGAAUUCAAAGCUAAACUUUAUGAGAUUAAAUGUAAUGUACAACAUCACACCUAAACGAUCAACUCUAAUAAGAUAGAUGUUUGUGUAUUGUACAUUGUACUUUUUCAGCUUUAUAUUGAAAUAUAAGGCAAAUGUAAGUUUAACAGUAUAAUGAAAGGUCUUGGAUAAUGUUUAACUUAUGUGUUAAACAUUAUCCAAGAAUAAUAAUGUAAAUUACCUUUUGAUAGUCUUGUAAAUGAAAGCCUGAAAAACUACAACGGCAUUUAUAGCAGGACAAAAGGAACCAAAAAGAGGAAGCAACCCGGUUAGAAGUAGCAUCUGUCAUACUGAAAGGGCUCAUUUGCUGAAACCACUGAUGCCAGCAUGGCUUUUUUAUAUAUUCCUUAUCUAAUUCUUGCUGGACUUGUGGGUAAGUGAGCUAAACCCUGAGCUGUUCAGUCAUAAAAUAUGAACUGUUGCAUUUAAAGUGAUGAGUCACUAUUUUUAAUCACUAAUACUGGGUUUUGAUGAAAUUUACAGUCUGUGACAGAGAUGUUGGCUAUGUGGCAGUGACCUAUGGAUGAUAGUAACAGUGCAUUUAAGGAGCAUCACUGCAAAUCACCUGUCUGCUAUUGCUUUGUCAGGAAUUCACUGUGAAAUUACUACAGUGAAUAAAGUGCCAGUGAAGGCCGGAGAUUCCAUUUCUGUCCCUUGUCUCUAUGAGCAGAAAUAUGAGGACCAUGUGAAAUACUUGUGUAAAGGAAAUCCAUGGCUUUUUUGCCAAAUUGUGAUUACAACAAACCAACAACCUUGCUCAGAAAGGUUUUGCAUCUCUGAUGACACAAUACAAAGAAUCUUCACUGUGACUAUUAAUAAUGUGACUGAUGAAGACAAGGUUUUCUGGUGUGCUGUGGAAAGAAGUGGACUUCUAGCAGAUGUUCAUCAGCGUUUUGAGCUGUCAGUUACCACAGUUACACCAAGUCUGUAUGUGAACCAAAAGGAAAAAAUUACAGGACAUGAAGGGGGAAGUGUGACUGUUCUAUGCCACUAUAAUUAUCCAGAGGUAACACGGUGGUGCAGACUGGGCAGCAGCUGUGUAACAGCUCAAACUGGAUGCAUAGAUGGAACAACUCUGGAAAUCAAUGCAAGUGUCCCUAAUGUUUUCAAUGUGACAAUGAGUAAGCUGAGGACUAAGAGCAGUGGCUGGUAUUGGUGUGCCAGUGAAGACCUACAGAUGCCAGUGCAUCUAACUGUUCAUGAAUUACCCUCAACUACUGCAGCUAUACUGAUUCCCAACACAACAGGGACGCCUUCAACCACUCACCAGACUUCCUUCUUGCUCACAAGUACUGAAACACAUAAAGCUCCAGCUGCAAACGCCACCGUGAACGGAACAGGUAGUGGUAGUUCCCAAGAUGAACACCAGAGUGUCACAAUAGUAAUAGCUGUCACUACCACCCUGUUCUUGGCACUGGUAGUUGUACCUGCCGCUUGUUUUGGAUGCAGGAUGAUCAUGCGUAAUAAAAGCAAACCUGAAGUAGGGGACAUCAAUGUGGACUAUCCUGAUUCUGAUGUGACUUACACUACCAUUGUUCAUAACCAGCAUGCAGGAGCCAAGACAAAGCAGGACUGCAUUCCUGUGGAGAAUGUGACAUACAGCACCAUUGUCCUGAAAGAUAGCAUGCAACAAAUGGCUGAACCAGCUGAUAGAAGUGUGAUCUACAGCACCAUAAAACAUGACGAGCCUUAAUGAGCAAAAUGGGAUGAGGGGACAUCAACCCAGAAAGUUUACAACACAGAUGGAGUCAUUGUAAUGUGCACAUAGUAGUUGUAUCUUCAAUUAAAUUUGAUAGAUGAAUCAAUUCAGCAGUAGGUUUUAGAGACAUAGUUGAGAAACAGCAGAUACAAUGACCCACGGAACAAAACUCUAUCAUUGUGCUGAACAGUGUGACAGACGUGUUUGGGUGUGUGAGUGUUACCAUUUCCCGUGAAGAGAAACAGGACAUUUGUAGUGUACUGUACAUGUUUGUAUUAUAAUUUCAACACUCAUGUAACACUGGUAUUUCUAAAGUUUCAGUAACUUACUGUGCAAAAAAAAAACCACAAGCACAUUGCAGUUCCUCAAGAACCGAGAGCGAGGAGAAAGAGAGAUUUUACAAGCCACAACUAUUUGAAUAUUUGCAAAAUGUAGUAGCAUUGCAAAUGCAUUGAGCCUUAUGUGAUGUUUUGUUCUGUUGUAUAUAAUCUGGAGGCCCUUUGUGAAGUCAUCACUUAGCAUAACGAUCUCUAUGCUAUUCGAAACAAUAAAUAUAACUAUCUUCAAUAGGCAGGUCAGGUUAGUGUGUGUCAUUCUAUAUGGGUUUUUUUAUGUUGUUUUGUUUGUUUUAUUUUGCAGGAAAUAACUACAGUGAUUAAAAUGUUGUAGAGGUUCAAUCUCAAUGCAAUCAUUACCCACAAUACAGAUCUCAUGUGAUGUACUUACAUAUAGGAUAUUGUUUGACCUUUUGCGCACAUGAAGUUAAAACAAGCCAUGUACAUGUCACUAAAAAUAAUCUGGCAGAUGAAGACACUGAUUAUUACUGCUGUUUGUUAGUGGAGUCUUUAUUCAUUUCAUUUGCCAGAGUUGAUAACAUCACGAAAUGUAUUUCUGAUCUUUUCUACAAAUUUUCCUUCACUGACAACAUGAAUGUUGGAUUUGCUGUUCACUGUAAUGUUUAUUAGGCCUAAAGUUCAUAUCUGUAAGUAAAUAUUUAUUAUCUUGUUCUUGCACUUUCGUGACUUUUGCACUCCUCUGUUUUUUGUUUCUAAGAGCCCUGUAAUGUUAAAUUUCUCCUUUGUGAGAUUAAUAAAGUCUAUCUUAUCUUAUCUUAUCUUAAAUAAUGUGUGUGUCAUAUGCAAAUAUGCUCAUACUAACAGGAAUAACUGGAUUUGUAAAAACAUCUGAUUAAUUAGUGUAUAUUUCCUUAUUAAAAUUUGCCUUGUGCUUCA